UAAUUAACAAUUAACAAAUUUAUCCAAGUGAUUACUAUUAAUUAAUCAAGUCAAUUCCACCAUUAAUAAUUCUCAUCUCAAAUUUAUCAAUUAUAUUAUUAUUAUUAUUAUUAUUCUAAUUAUUAUUAUUAUUAGUAGUAGUAGUAUUACUAUUACUAUUACUAUAUAUUACUGUUACUCUUACUGUUACUGUUACUGUAACUGUAACUGUAACUGUCACUGUCACUGUCACUGUCACUGUCACUGUCACUGUCACUGUCACUCUCACUGUCACUCUCACUCUCACUCUCACUCUCACUCUCACUCUCACUCUCACUCUCACUCUCACUCUCACUCUCACUCUCACUCUCACUCUCACUCUCACUCUCACUCUCACUCUCACUGUCACUCUCACUGUCACUCUCACUGUCACUCUCACUGUCACUCUCACUGUUACUGUUACUGUUACUGUUACUGUUACUGUUACUGUUACUGUUACUGUUACUGUUACUGUUACUGUUACUGCUACUGCUACUGCUACUGCUACUGGUACUGCUACUGCUACUGCUACUGCUACUGCUACUGCUACUGCUACUGCUACUGCUACUGCUACUGCUACUGCUACUGCUACUGCUACUGCUACUGUUACUGUUACUGUUAGUGUUACUGCUACUGCUACUGCUACUGCUACUGCUACUGCUACUGCUACUGUUACUAUUACUAUUACUAUUACUAUUACUAUUACUAGUGGCGUCUGUGUCGUUCAUCCGACGCCACAAGGACGAUGCGUCGAUGCCGCAAGCUUUAUGGCGAGUUGAGAACGUGUGGCGAGCCUCUCUUCACGCCACGACGAUGUGGCGACGAUAAGACGAUGCCUUGGCGACGCCAUGACAACUAUGCCUGACAGGCAUCGUCAGUUCUUCCUGCGAUGGCGGCAUCUUUUUCAGACAUUGGUGAACUCCGUAGGUGUAGAUCCGUCUUCCUCCGUUGCUCAACUUCGGUGAACACUAGGAUGACCGGGUUCUACCAUCUCCCAAAGCCGGCGUGUAAAUCCAGUGACGCAGACCAGCAAGCAUCGUCGGCGACACUUCACCUCCAAUGACAACAGCCUGGUUCCGGCGUGAGAACCAGUCCGACAAUUCAACAACUCCAACGAGCAAUUGCUUCCUGUCCUCACGAUUGUUUCUCAUUCUAUCACUCUAGGUCUCUUGCUUUCUCACUGGCCGAAGGUUUGAGGGUAUAUUUCAGUUCUGGUUUUUCGGUAUAUCGAGUGAUAGAAAAUUAUAUACAUACAUGUAUAUAUAUGUAUGAGUUGAAGAGUGUAAUUCACGGUAAUCAUCUAUAUAUGAUAUAUCUAUAUAUCAAAACAGCACCCUAGCAUUUCGCAUGCAUAACUUAUCGUAGGAGCAUAGCGUGAUUACCAACGUUUCUGAAUGUAGACCAUUUUAGCUUGUAUAUUCGUUCCUAUCUAUAUAUAUGGUAGUUUUGAUUUAUCUUUACCGUAAGUUUAUUUUUUAUUUAAAGUAAUUGCCCCAUAUAGGACUAAAACAAAGGUGAAAUGUAAAAAUAAGACUUGAUAUGUUUUCUUCCCUUAAUAUAUAGGACCAAUUUACUCCUACCGUUAAAAACAUGAAAAUUAGCAUCCCAGGUUUGCCCUUGAAUCCAUUUACACAUUCUCUCUCCCCUUUCCCACUCAUAGAUCGACGAUUACUUCUCCACACCCCAAAGAUAUAACUGCAUCCCAUCUUCUCCCCAUCCCAUCUUCUUCGUGCAUUGCAGCCACCGCCGACUCUCCCGCCUCAGGUCGCUGUCAUCACUACCGACUUCGCCAUGCGCUGUCACAGGUUUCCUCUUCUUUUUCUUCCUCUCUUCUUCUUCUCCUUCUCUUCUUCUUCGAUCUCCUCCUCCUUCCCCUCAUCCUUCUCCUAUUCCUCUAUUUAAAUGAGAUUUGCCACUGAUUUUUCUAGUUUUCCUCAUAUUCUUAUGUUUUCCUAGUUUUUGACACUGAUUUUCCAAUUUUGGGAAUUUUGUUUUGUAUUUUCUGACUUUUUGUUUCAGAUUUCUUAAUUUUUUAGUUUUGAUAUUCAAUUUGUGGAUUUUUGGAUUUCUAUUUCAAAUUUCUGUUUCCUGAUUUCUUGAUUAUAAAAGAAAUCCAGUUUCCAGAUUUUUGGACUAUGACAUACGAUUUUGCCAAGUUUAUGGUAUAUUUUUGGAUGAUGAUAUACUAUUUUGCCAAAUUUAUGGCAGAAAUGUACUCUGACAAUCAUAUUAUGGCAAAACACUUUUUGGAUGAUGACAUACGAUUUUGCCAAAUUUAUUGUUCUAUUGUUUUUUUUUUGAAAAUUUAGUUGUGGACUUCAUAUUUUACCAAUGUUAUGGCAGUUUUGUGUAAAUCAGUGAAGAUAAAUAUGCCAAAUUUAUGGCAGAUCUGAAAAUUUGUUCUCAAGGGAGAUUUGUAAGUACUCUUCAAGGUCGAAUCUACCAACUUAAUGGCAAAUUUACUGCGAUGGUGGUGCUCGGAGGUGAAGUGAUGGCCCUGGAUUGAACACUGGCGACAAUGACGAGGAUAGGAUGGUGGUGGCGGAGGCGGAUGGAAACGCCGUUUGGGCGGCGACGGAUGGCAACGAUGUGCCGGCAGGGAUGCGGCGGGGCCUAGCCAGAACGACGGUCGGCGGUGGAGGAAGUUGGCAGCGGCGGCGGCAGUCAACGGCGUCGGCGAGGAGAGCGGCAGUCGGCGGCGGCGGGCGGCUCCGACUCUGGCAUUCUACUGCUAGCUUUUUUACAAUUUAGGGUUUCAACAGUUUUUUAUUUUUCAUUUUCAAAAAAAAAACAUGGUUAUUUUUGUCCAACUAAGUUGAAAUUGGUCCUAUCAAACUUGGGCCUCGUUUAUAGUCUUAUAUGUGCAAUUAACUUUGUAAUUAGUCCUAUUUGAGGCAUUAACUCUUUUAUUUAUUGUUAUGUACUUCGUACUUUGUAGGUAAGUUACGUAGGUAGUUAUACAAUAGGUAUAAUACGUGUUAUAUAUUUAUAUACAUAGUAUGUUAUCAUGUACAUAGUUAUGGUGUACUUUAGGACUUUAGGAGUAUAUAUAUCCGUAUUAGGACUUUAGGAGUGUUGAGGUUUAAUCUCGUCGAUCCGAAAGCCCAACACAGACUUUGGAUAUAUCAGGAAAUGGACGAUAAUUCAGUAUGUAAAAGAAAUAUAAAAGAUGGAUAAUCGAAUGCUCAAAAACCCACUUGUAUUAAUUAACCUGUUUGAUUACAAGGAAAUUUCCCGAACGGCACGCCGGAUUUGUGCUUAAUACAAGAAACAAGAGUAGUAAGGUUAUUCUAGGACUUGAGUAUUAAAUGCUAACCCUUACAAUGAUAUUAAACCUUCUAUUUAUACUAAUGGAGAGUAUGUGACGCUUUAUGCUGAUUGGCCGACGUUCCACCGACUUGAUCACCCAUGCCUCCACUUGCUGAUGUCACAAUCUGGCAUUGAUUGCGCCUAGCCACUUGCUGGUUGUCCGUUGCCCGAACGGGAUAAUGGACCCUGCGUAAAACAUUGUUGAUUUGGCCCAAGUAUGAUGUAUGACCCGAACCCCGUUCGGUAUGAAUAUCUCACUGGGCCUACUUAUCAUAGGAUAGUGGGCUCAUUGUUUGGGCUGGAUGUCAUGGGCCUUUAAUCCGGGUAUUGGGCUUCCGGGCCAAUAUCCCAACACGAGUCCCCCACUUCCGAUGUCUCGAAUGAUAGUGAGUGCAUUAGGAAGUAUAAGUGCUCUAAUAUAAAUGGCGAUCGGGAUACAGAAAUGGUCAGUUCCCCAUACUGUGAUUUGACGGCUAUCGUUUGAGUUUUCCCAUAUUCGUCAUGAUUGUUGAUCUUUGCUCUUCCAUGCGACACAUGUUAUUUCAAAUGGUUCAAGUGACGCGUCUCUAUUGGAUUGGUCUUCAAGCCUUUCGUGUCCAGGUACUUCUCAUCCCUUAAUUCUCUCUUUUCUUUGAUCCGAUCGAUAUGAGUUCUCAACUACGUUUCGAUUCGUAAAUGGCUUCCCAAGGGGAAUACCAUGAUGUGGAGGUUAUCACCGUCCCUUUUGUUGACGGCUCCGAUGCGGCGACGACGGAGACUAGGGCGGAGACGGAGGAUUCCUCCGACAGUUCUUCUUCCUCCGGUGAAGAUUCCGACGACACCAAGUCUGAUGAUGAACUGGCUUCUAUGGCAGCCGGACGUCCAAGCGAUUUCUCUCGUCACACGCUUGACCUAAGACUGAUUAGGGAGAGGCGGCAAAAAUUGACUUCUCACAACAGGGCCGAAAUCCCGGCCCUAAUCCCAGACCCAGUGGACUUCCGAUUGCAAGCUGCGCUUCACCCAAUGCGCCAUACCCCUGGGAUGGUUGUAGUCCACUUCGAUUCAGUUAGGGUUGGGCUUAGGUUUCCAUUGCAUUCCUUUUUCGUUUCAUUUUUCAAUUUCUACAAAAUUGUACCGGCCCAAUUCAUGCCGAACUCCUAUCGGGCAAUGGUGGGCUUUAUUUGCCGUUGUAAAGAUGUCGGUGCCUCGCCGACCCUAGACUUAUUUCAUCAAUUUUUUAAAGUGGCCCCCCAACAAACACAUGGAUAUCUGGCUACUAGUGCCCGAACGGGACAUAUCAUGUUUAAGGGGAAUCCGACUUCAAUCAAGGGGUGGAAAGACUGGUUCUUCUUUGUGUCUGUCCCGGACGGCCUGAUCCCUCGCUAAUGGAAUGCCUUCCCUCGCAAAUCUCUCGAUCCAGUCCUUACUGAGGAAAUUUACAAGGAUGUGUUCACUGUGGAGAAAGACAAAUGUUGUGAUCUCAUGAGUUACUUAACUCCCGAUCGGCUUGUCGAAACCGAGAUAGGUACUGCCCGUUCUCUUGGGUUUACUUGUUUUGAGAAUCAAGUACCAUGGUCCGGGCGGUCCUUCCCGUGCGAGAAACGUUCUCUUCUUCUUUGUUUCCCACAUGAUAAGGCCGCUCAGUACUAACAUUUUCCUUUUUUAUUUUUUAGCUCCCGAUCUAGACGCACCAAUGGACAACAGUCAUGUUCUAGCAGCCGGUGGGGUCGGGAAACGGAAGAAAGCAAGGAAAAAUCCCCAACCCAAUCCAUCCACCACCAUUAUAUUGCUCAAGAUGUCGGGUCUUCUCAACCCGUUCAAGAGCCACAGCCGCUUCAACAGGUCCCUCAUCAGGAUCAAUUUGACGCCACGCUGAUCGAAGAUCGGUUCGGAUUUGAUCAGCUGCAUCAAUUCUCUGAGCAUUUCCAGGCUGCUCAGGAGACUAACAUGACUGCAGGUGAGACCAACACCGUCCACCUUUCUACGCAGGUCGAACGGAUCUCUCUGGCAGGUCCAGUUCACGAAAUGUUGGAGAAGGCUGGUUCUCCUGCAAGCCUGAUUUGGUCCACUUCUUCGUGGUUCAACAAUUUUGCCGUUCCUAAGAUGCCGGUCGAGCAAUCCGAAGAAUGCCUGGCUUUGGUAGCUCUGAAGGUAUCUCAUUUUUUUCUUAUAGUUUCUCAUAGUUUAAAUUCUGUUUUACACCAUCUCACUUCUCGAACGACAUUCUGUAGGUUGGGCUCUACAGUCUGCAACUGAGGGAGGCUCGACUGGAUAAAGAGCGGGACCUGAUCAUCGCUCAGACCUCUGCGGAGCAGAAUGCAGCUGCUGCCUUUGCCGCUUUGGAGACCGAACGGAAGGCCUCCGUGGAGGAGAAGCAACGCCUCGAGUCAGAGCUUGGUGAGCUCAGGGUCCAGCUCGGGGCCUUCCAAGUCAAAGUCUACGCUGCUGAAGUUGCUUUGGUGAAGUUCGAAGAUACCGCUCCCUGUAUCCUGGACGGUCCUGCAGAGGUGAAGGUCGAUCUUUCUGCCGUCCGGGAGGCAUUUAAGGGGUCUGAGGAGUUUGCUGCCUUGAAGAAAUAUUAUGCGCAGCAGGAACUCCCAGCCACCUUCGGUGCUUAUCUAGAUCGAUUUUCCACGGGUGAUGCUCGCCGUAGCGAGGGGGUUAAGCUACUCGACCAGGAUCCAAGGGGCAAGAAAUUCAAUGACUCUCUGGCCCGAUCUCUUUAUGUUAUGGGCUGCCAGCAUAUCGUGGCCCCCAUUGUGGCCAAGAUGCAAGAGAUGCUAGGGAGGCCGAUCGAGCUUAUCGAUCUUCCCCAGGUGCCCAUCGUUGAAGCCCAAUUUGAGAAAUAUCAACGGGACUUACAACAGGUUGCUGAUCGUGAAGCGGGGAGAGAGCCUGAUCCCCCUACUGAUUCGGAUGAGAAGGAAGGCGAUGAAGAAGAGAAAUAGAGAGGCCUCUGGCCAGUAGAUUUAGAAUUUCGUAUUUUAGCAACUGUAAUCCCUUCCCCCGUUCUCCUUUUUUGCAAACCCCAUUUGUACUUUCCGGCCGAUAGAGCCGAUGAAUAUAUAUGAUCUCUUUUGCACAAAGCUUCACAUAUUGUCUUUCUUGCCUUUAUUGAUUUAUUUCUUACCAUUCGGGAUUCGGUCCGUUUUAUAGGACUUAGCAGUUUUUCUGACCUCAUAUUUUUCUUAACAUUCCUAUCACCGUUCGAUUGCCGCUCGGGCCUCAGAUAGUUCUCACAAUUUACCAGGACUUGGCCCCUUUUUUGUGUCGAUUGCCGCUCGGGCUUCAGAUAUUUCUGUAGGACUUAGUCGUUUGGUGAAUUUUUUGUUUCUGAUGCUCCACCUAUUCCAAAUAAUUGUUAAUAGAAACCCUGUUCGGUUUAUUUGAUGCCCCUAUCUUUUGACUCGCCCGGAUUCUAAAUUUUCCCCAUCCCACCGAUCUUUAUCUGUUGUUCUUCAAAUACUACACGUUCGGGGUAUCUAAAGAUAUUUUUUUCCAACUUACGGCUUAUGUCGACCCUGGUCCGGGAUGCCCAUUAAUACGUUCAUCAUUUGGUGUCUUUAGGAUGGCUUCCCCAAAAACUGUUAACCCGUUCUUCAUGAAUUACCCAUUAAUCGUUCGAGGAACGUGCUUAAUUACCAUAAAUGUGCCAUAAUUUCAUACAACCACAUUUUACCACGUGUUCUCCAUGGGUUAGGGUUUUGGGCGGCAUCUUUGCUUCUAAAUAGAGGUGUUUCUUUUCAUUUUUUCUGUUGCUUCCUUAAUUUCUUCUUGCGUCUCUCUAAGCUUUCUCUCUCUAGAAUUCUCAGGCUUACUUGAAUUACUAAGUGCUCUUUUAUGUUCUCUUCUAGCUCAGAGUCUGAAGAAAUGCUGCUUAUUCGUAGAGGAAAAACCGCUGCUGUAAACAAGGCCGAAGGCUCUUCUUCCCAAGCCCUGAUUUCCACUAAUCCUCCCGUAUCCAAAGAUGCUGAACAGCCUCUUGACGACGGAUGCCUUUCGGGAGAUGACUUAAAGAUCUAUAACAAGGGAAUGCCCGAACGACCUCCCCGCAUUGCUUUGCACUUCACCCGUAUUCGCAAACAAAAACAACGUCUUCCUAAAGACGCCGAACGGCAACAUCGCCAACUGUUGCCUCCGCCUAGAGAAUUUCAUGCCGGAUUCAUCAGGCAUCCUAUGAGGCACUGACCGGGGCACAUUAUUGUGCACCUAGAUUCUCUGAUUGCUGGGCUUCGCUUCCCUUUAUAUCCAUUCAUUAUGGAGUUCUUGCGCCGGGUCUCCGUACUUCCGGCUCAGUUCAUCCCCAACACAUACCACAUCCUGAACGGGUUCAUUAUCCGUUGUCACGAACUGCGUAUUGCUCCUAGCGUUGAAUUAUUCUUGUAUCACUACUGUUAUCAACCUUACUGGACGACAGGGUAUCUGAAGCUGGUGGCUCGAAUGGACCGUGAAUUGUUUACAGAGAACCCCACACCGCCGGCUGAUUGGGAGGAACAGUUCCUCUUUGUUCGUGUGGGUGUUUCACUCUCAUUCCCUGAUCGGUGGAACGCUUACCCCGUUUGGGAUUCUGAGCCCAGAAUAGAUGCCGUUCUGCGCUCUCAAGCCGAAUCUCUACGUAUGGAGGGAACUCGGAGUCUUCGGGGUUUUAUUACCCCUUCCAAGAUGCUAGCUGGCGGAAUUGGUAAGUAUAACAAAUUUUUAACCCGAUCGAUCUUCUUUCAAUUUAGUUUCUUAUUUCUUAUUCCCUCUUUUGUAGGUGUGAUAUCCCCUAUACCCGUUCGUCGUUCCAUAUCUGCCGCCACCCCGACUGUCUCCUCUGAAAAUGGUAAGGAGAAAAUGGUUGCCGAUCAUGCAUCUGUUGAGCAAACCCGGAAGAAACGUAGAGGGAAUGAUGGCACCAUACUGAUCCUGAUCGAUCACGUGGUCGAUUUGACCGGUCCAGAUGACAAGCUGAAAAAACCUAUCAUCCUUGCCCAACCCCAAACUCCAUUGUUUAACAAUACACCGGUCGAUGAUCGAAUGUUUGUGGAGUUUUCCAAUAUGGGGCCCCGAGCAGAGGGAAUGUACAUGUUCGGGCAGAUGCCAGCCUCUAUGUGGUGCAGUACCUCCCUGAAGGUUCCACCCAGUUUUUCUACUCUGACCCAUUGGUCUGACCUGGUCGAGGCAGGUCACUUGGAGACUCUCAAGGUGCGGGUCAAUCAUCAACCCCUUUAAAACCUUGAUUUUCUUCUGAUUUAGUAUAUGUUAUCUGAUUUCCUUUUUUACUGUUUGUAGGUUGGAGUAUACUAUCACCGGGCCCUCCUGGCUGCUGAACAGGAGAUGAAGCAUAUAACCAAUGAUCGGGAAGAUAGCCAGGUUCUCCUUUCCGCCGCUCGGAAACUGGCUGCAGAUCUGCAAGUCCGUGUUGAUGAAGGUGAACAAACGAAGGCUGAUCUGGCUAAGAGGAGGAGAGGGUCCAGCGUCGUGAUCGAGAAAUUAGAUAUCUCAGAGCCAAGGUGAGAGUGGCUGAAUCCGCUGGGAUGCAGUUUGAUAAAUCAGAGGGAGAUAAUCCUCCCGAGCCGUAUACUGCCAAUACCUCCAAGAUCACCAAUCAGGCCUUGAUCGAUUAUCAACGCAGUAAAGGAUUGGAUAUCGCUUUACAGAACACCGCUCGACAAUUUUUGGGACCUCAUCUUGGCCAAUUCUUGCGUGAGAGCGAGGACCCGAUCAAGUCGGGGAUAGAGAUUCUGGAUAGCACGCCCGAAGGGAAAUCUUUCUUGGAUGUCCUGACGGAGAAAACUGUGAAGCAAAGUCAAGAUCUGCUUCUAGACAGGAACCUCGACCUGAUCAUGAAACGUUUCCCCAAGCCAUUCAAUCCUGAUGAGUUGGUAUUUAUUGACCGGUUCGGGAAUACUUACGAUCGGGUCAUGGAGAUGAGACAGAAAGCAAUUUCUGAUGAGGCAGCGCAGGCCGGCAGCUCUCAACCUCAAUCUUCCCUGAACGGCAAUCGCCCAAUAGACUAGUCCAUCUUUGUAAUGUUAUUCUUGUUUUCUUUGUACUUUCCGGCCAGUAGUGCCGAAGAAUAAAGCUCGAUUCUAUACAUAAUCUUGUCUUUUCAAAUGCCUCUCUUUUUCUCUUUCUUUCUUUCUUCCCAGACGCGACUCAGAUUCAUCCACACUUAGUUUUGACAUCAUCUCCCAGCCGUUUUGAACGAGUCAAAUUCUGCAAGCUAAAAUGAUAGCUCCCUCCAAACUGUUAACACGUUUGUCAUUCGGUCAUCCAGAAUGAUUCUACGUGUUAAACGCUGAGGUGAGACUCUCUCCCUCCCAAACCCAUAAUUCCGAUGCAUUCCGAAGAGUUUCCUCUGAUUCGUAUCAUCCAUAUUAGGGGUUUGAGGUGUCCACUUUCAAACUGUAAGCAAGAUCAUUAGAUCGGGUGAUUUCUUACUUAAGCUAAAAUGGUGGCUCCCUCCAAAUUGUUAACCCGUUCGUCAUUCGGUCAUCCGGAAUGAUUCUACGUGUUAACAAGCUGAGGUGAGACUUUCUGAAAGCAGUGCCUCCUCGGACAACAAUCCAUGUUACCGAACGUCGCUCGGCUUGACAGUACUUAUUCUGACACCAUCUCCAAGAUGUUUUGAUCCCUUUACCGUUCGUGAUCACAUGGUCAAAAUCUUUUAGCUGAGGUGAUUUCCUCCAAGCCAUUUUGGUCCCUCUAUUUGUUUGUGAUCACAGGGUCAAAAGGUGUUAGCUGAAAUGAUGGCUCCCUCCAAACUGUUAACACGUUCGUCAUUCGGUCAUCCGGAAUGAUUCUACGUGUUAAAAGCUGAUUGAGACUCUCCCUUCCAAACCUAUAAUUCCGAUGCAUUCCGAAGAAUUUCCUCCGAUUCGUAUCAUCCAUGUUAGGGUUCUGAGGUGACCACUUUUAAACUGUAAGCAAGAUCACUAGAUCGAGUGAUUUCUUACUUAAGCUAAAAUGGCGGCUCCCUCCAAACUGUUAACCCGUUCGUCAUUCUAUCAUCCGGAAUGAUUCUACGUGUUAACAAGCUGAGGUGAGACUUUCUGAAAGCAGUGCCUCCCCGGACGACAAUCCAUGUUACCGAACAUCGCUCGUCUUGACAAUACUUGUUCUGACACCAUCUCCAAGCCGUUUUGAUCCCUUUACCGUUCGUGAUCACAGGGUCAAAAUCUUUUAGCUGAGGUGGCGGCUCCCUCCAAACUGUUAACACGGAAGUCAUUUAUUCAUUUGGAGUGACUAUACAUGUUAAAAGCUGAGGUGAGACUCUCUGGAAGUUAUGUCUCCCUCUCAUCAUUUUUUUUUGUUUUUUUUGCAAGAGGUGGCAACAACCGUUUUUAUUGAUAAAAUUUCCUUAGAUGCUCUGCAUUCCAAGCCCGUGCCGGUCGACCUUCGGUAGAUUGCAGACCGAACGUUCCUGAAGCAUAUUUUUUGUAGACCUCGUAAGGGCCUUCCCAAUUUCGUGCCAUCUUUCCUCCUUCGAGAGGUUUGCUCUUUUCCCGCUUCUUCAGGACCAAGUCUCCUACUUCGAUCGAUCGGAUUUUCACUUGUUUAUCGAAGUAUCUCCUUGUCGCUCUAUGAUAUUCCUCCAUUCAUAUUGCAGCUAAGUCCCUCCUUUCCUCUAUGAAGUGCAUUUCGGCCCGUAGAUUAUCCUCAUUGCGUCCGGGGUGAUAAUGUACCGUUCGUUGUGUGGGAACCAGAAUUUUUGUUGGAACUUUAGCCUGGAAUCCAUAGGUAAGGGCAAACGGAGUCUCUCCAGUAGCCGUUUGGGGUGUCAUUCUGUAUAUCCACAAGAUAUAAUUCAAUUGGUCCGGCCAUGAGGAGGAACAGUGCUCUAGUUUUUCUUCAUACCAUCCAUAAUGGUACGGUUCAUGUUUUCUACUUGGCCAUUCGCCUGAGGGUAUGCUACAGACGCUCUGGAAUGUUUGAUUUGCCAUUUGACCAAAUAGUUUUCGAAGUUCCUGCUCACGAACGGUCUGCCAUUAUCUGGGAUGAUCUGUUCGGGGAGACCGAAUCGGCAAAUGAUAUUCUGCCCGACGAACUUUUGGCAUUUGAAAUCUGUAAUACUUGCCAGUGGUUUGGCCUCCACCCACUUGGUGAAAUAAUCUAUCCCGACGAUGAUGUAUUUUAGUCCUCCGGGAGCAGUAGGUAGGGGCCCUAGCAAGUCGAUCCCCCACCUGGCGAAUGGAAGGGCAACUGUCAUUGGGGUGUAGAAAGUAGUUGGCCGUCCGGGGAUCGGUGCAUACAAUUGGCAGAUCUUGCAUUUUCUGGUAUGAGCAAAGCAGUCUUGUUGGAUUUUUGGCGAGUAGUAUCCUUGCAGGAUGAUUUUUCUUGCCAAUGUUUUAGGCCCUUGAUGGUUGGAACAUAUUCCUUCGUGAAUUUCUUCCAUUACCGCCGCUGCUAGACCGGGUGGUAGGCACUUCAGAUAUGGUCCUCCAAAUGUCUUUUUGUACAGCUGCCCGUCCACCAGUUCGAACAUGGAGGCCCUCCUCUGAAUGCAUUUCAUAUUAUAUGCUGAAUUUUUGUCUUGUGGGAGGGUCCCGUCCUUUAAGUAGUUGGUCAUAUCUAUGACCCAACUGGGAACGGCAUAAGAGAUGGCUUCUACCUGGAGGACCAUAGUUACUGGUGUUGUUAGGGUUUCCCGAUGAGCAAACCGCUGGAUGUGAGCCGGGAUCAUGUGUGCACGGUCAUCAAGAGCUGCAUUCUCCAAUUUGGAUAAGAUAUCUGCUUCAUGAUUUUCUAUCCUGGAAAAGAUACCGGGGGAGAAGAUAGAUACAACUUGAACUCCUCGAAGGCCGUUUGGCAUUCGGCAGUCCAUUCAAAGGGGUUUGCUUUUUUCAUGAUCUGGAAAAAUGGAAUUGCCCGAUCAACUAGUUUGGACAAGAACCUGCUUAGGGCUGCUAAUCGACCGGUCAAUCUCUGAACCUCCUUCAGGUUCCUUAGAGAAUCCAUAUCCAUGAUCGCCUUUACCUUCUCAGGAUUAGGCUCAAUGCCCCUCUCACUCAUCAUGUAUCCCAAAAUAUUGCCCCCCAUAACGGCAAAGGCACAUUUUUUGGGGUUCAACCUCAUGUUUGCUUUCUGCAUUAUCCCAAACACCCUUUAUAUAUCCAGGACAUGUCUCUCCUUUUUCCGGCUUUUGAUCAGAAUGUCAUCAACAUAGGCCUCCAUUGUGACCCCCAAUACUUCUUUAAACAACAUUCCAAUCAUCCUUUGGAAAGUAGCCAUUGCAUUCUUUAACCCGAACGGCAUAACAAUAUAGCAAAAUACCUCGUCCGAAGUUACAAACGCUGUUUUUUCUGCGUGUUCCGGGUGCAUGAAAAUUUGAUGAUAUCCCCAGAACGCAUCCAUGAAGCUUAAGAGCUCACAUCCCGCCGUCAAAUCCACUAAUAGAUCGAUCCUCGGCACCGGAUAUGGGUCCAUGGGACAAGCUUUAUUCAAGUCAGAAUAAUAUACGCACAUUCUCCAGGUGGACCCCUUUGGAGCUAGUACCACAUUGGACAACCAUUCAACAUGGAUCACUGGUCGUAUGUGUUUUAUCCUCAGCAAGGUGGCCACCUCUUGUUUUGUAAAAUUACGCCGUUCGGUCGCCUGAUAUCUUUUCUUUUGCUGAACAGGCUUUGCAUCAGAUCGAACGACCAGCUUGUGGCAAAUUAUGUCCGGGUCAAUACCCGACAUAUCUUCUGGCCCUCGGGCAAACAAUACCUGAAACUUUUUAAGUAUUGUUAUUAUACCCUCCCGAAUUUCAGCCACCAGAUCCGCCCCGAUGGCCACCUUCCGAUCGGGGGGAGAAUCCAGGUCAAUUUGCUCGAGGAGGGUGGCAGGCUCAGGAUGUGCCUCGAACUCCGUUCGACGGGCUUCGACUUCAAUGUUGUUAACCCGCAUGCCUCGUGCAUUCAUGUUUUUCAAGGCCUCCCGAUAGCACGUUCGGGCUGUAGUUGGAUCAGUUCUGGCCACCCCAACCCCAGUGUCCAUGGGGAAUUUGAUACGUGAGUGGCGGACAGAGGCUAUCGCCUCCAAAUCUUCCAAUCCCGGUCGGCCCAAAAUGGCGUUGUGGGCACAUUUGAUAUCCACUACUACGAACAUCAUCGGACUGAUGCCCUGUGUGUUUCAUCUCCAAUUUCAACCAUCAAUUGGAUGGUCCCCUCUGCUUCGAUGCAAUUCCCGGUGAAACUUGCCAGUGGUGUCCUCAGGUGGGUCAGCUGAUUUUUCGGGAGGCCCAUUUUCUCGAACAAUUGCAGGUACAAUAUGUUCACACUGCUUCCUUUAUCGACCAACACCCGGCGAAUUAAAGCCUCGUCUAUGCACAUACUUACAACCAACUCAUCCCUGUGUGGACUGGGUGAGUUUGGCAAAUCUGCGGGCCCGAAGGUGAUGGGGUCCGUCCUUCCUUUCUUCUGGGGUGGCAUGGCUACAGAACCCACGUACAGGCUUCGCUCGAACUUCUUCCGUUUGGCAUUCGAGUCGCCUGUCUCCCUACCCCCAACUAUCACCUUUACCUCCAUCCUGGGCUUUUUACCCGGGUUCCCCGAACCUUCCGGUUCGUCUCUGGGAGGGUUAUAUACAUCAUUUCUGGGGCGAGCAUCACGUUGUACAUCUCGCCUCCAGCUGUUGGAUUUCUUGACCGGUUUCAGAAUACCUGUAGCAUUCAGGUCCGUAUUUACAUAUUUACCCAAAUGACCCAUCUGGAUCAAUUUUUCAAUGGCUAUUUGCAAUGCCCAACAGGAUUGGGUGGAGUGACCGUUCCUAUUAUGGUACUUGCAAAAAGCAUUUUCAUCUGCCCCCAUAAAACCUUUGGUGUCAGUCAGAGGGGGAAUGUUGUCCUUCUCGUUCUGAUAAAUGGUUGCUACCGAAAGGACCAAAGGAGUGAAUCGUGCCGCUCUUGAAGGUGGAGCGGCCGCUGGGAUAGGACCCAGCCGAUCGACCAGUUUCAUUGGCAUAGGGGGUGCAGCUACCUUAUCC